AUGGUCAUCACGUCUGUUGUCACCGAAGAGGCAACCUGCCUAGAUCCUCAGAAAGUCCACUUCACUCUCCCGCAUGCUCAAGCUACAAGCGGCCGUGUAGUCCCCAUAGCGCAUGCGAAAUCAAGCAAAGUCGACUUUGGCGCCGAGAUUUAUGGCAUCGAUCUCAACAACUUCAAUGACGCGGACUUCGAGCUCAUUUCAGAUGCGCUGCACAAAUACAAGCUUCUUGUCUUGAAGGAGCAGCCAGAGAUGCUGAAGCCGCAGCAGCAGUACAAGUUGACUUCGAAUUUUGAUCCUGAUGAGAAGACUGGAGGUUUCGCGCACGGCAAAGAUCCCUUCCUCGUCCACCACAACGGCGUUGACUUCUUCGGCAUCCCGAAACGCCCUGCGAUCCCCGACCAGCCCCAAGUCCAUAUCCUUGGUCGCGGACCGUUGCCUGACAACCACUACGGAUUUCCUCCUGGCUUUGAGGUCCAAGGCAUAGACCACGAAGAGUUUCACCUUCCCCCGCAUAUACCCGCAGAUGAACGUGAAGCUGGCGCCUCUCGGUUCUAUCAAUGGCAUUUCGACGGGGCUCUCUACGCGAUUCCCCCGCCCCGCGUAGGCUGCUUACUAGCGGUUCGGACGCCCAAAGGUCCAGAUGUCACUGUUCGAUGGGAGGAUGGCAGCGGGACCGAGAUGAAGAUGGCCCCCGGUGCUACGGCCAUGGUAGCUGGCAGCAGAGCCCUGGCGCUUCUCGACGAAGAAACUCACAAGAUUGUUAUGAACAGUCGAAUCGAGUACGCCCCUCAUGCAUUCAUCUGGAUGUCAGGCGCUCACAGCACCCGGCUCGGACACUUGAUUGAGACGGAGGGCCUUGAGAAGCCGCUAGAUCAGCUCCCGAAGUGGAACAAGGAGAAGGUUUGUAUUUAUCCGAUGGUUUGGACAAACCCCAAAACGGGCGAGAAGUCGCUCCAGGUUCAUGGGCAGGGUGCCUUCAAGUUGUACUUGAAAGAUAGUCCCGAUGGGAAGGAGACGAUUGUGGAUGAUUUGACAGAGGUCAGGGCAUUUCUGGACAAAAUCAUGAAGCCGGCUCUUCAACCGGAGAACAUCUACGCCCACCCGCACCAGGAGCAAGACGUUAUUCUAUGGUAUAAUAGAGCACUUUGGCAUAGUAUUAUUUCUCUAUACGAUUUCGAUAACCGCGUCGACGAAAUCACAGCCCAGCUGUGCUCGGCCGCCGAAAACGUCGGUUUCUUCGCCAUCAAGGACCAUGGCCUGUCCGACUCCGACAUCCAGGACAUGCUGUCUACCGCGGAGUCGUUCUUCCGCCUCCCAGAUGAGACCAAGGCCAUGGUGCCCUGGAACCCACAAAAUGUCGGAUGGGAAAAGUUGUCGCAAGUCCGCCCCUCUACAGGCGCGGCAGACCAGAAAGAGUCCUACCAAAUCCAGUUUGGCGAGAACAUGAAAGGCCUUUGGCUUGACGAUGGCACUCUCCCCGGAUUCCGCGGCAAGACCCUGGAUUUUAUGUACAAGGUGCAAGACAUCUCGGAAAAGCUCAUGAUCUGUCUCGCUCGUGGACUAGGGUUCGAAGACAAGUAUUUCAUCAAUUGGCACGACAUCGCGCGACCGAACUCGCAGUCAACGCUGCGUAUGCUCCAUUACUACGAGACACCAAAACUGGACGACGGCAAGGUUUACCAUCGUGCCGGCGCCCAUGCCGACUGGGGUUUCCUCACUCUCCUCUUCCAGAAACCGGGCUACUCCGGUCUCGAGAUCUGCCCCGGCCGCGAGGCCGUCACGGAGCACGCUCUCGGCGACGAAUGGACCAAGGUCGAUCUCGAGCCCGGGGUUAUCGUGUGCAACAUUGGAGACCUGCUCAUGAGCUGGAGCGACGACCGCUUCAAGAGCACCUACCACCGUGUAAAGGCACCCUGUGAGGAGGGGGACUUUUACGGCGAGCGGUUCAGCAUUGCAUUCUUCAACCAGCCGUGCAAAGAUGCGAUCAUUCAGGGUCCGAAGGGGAAGUAUCCUGUGGUGACGGGCGAGGAGUUCAAUCGGAACGCAAUGAAUCGGAUGUAUAAAGCGGCGCAGGAGAAGUUGGCUGCGAUGAGAAAGGCGGAGGAACAGGGACAGGGGUUGCCAAGCGCAAGGCCUCUUGAGGCAGCAGCAUGUCUCCGGGAAUUCUCACCGCAAAACCCACAGAUGGAGAAGAUACCCAAGGACAAACACAACUUCGGAGCCGUCGUCACGGGUCUCGAUUUGGAUGACAUCAGUGAUGACGACGUCAAAGCCUUGCACGACGCCAUCUGGACACACAAAGUCCUCGUCGUCAAAGGGCAGAAGCACAUCCACCCCAUCAAGCAGUGGGAACUCGUCACCAGACUCGACCCAGACGCGCCGCUCGUCCACGGCCACGGUGACAUGAAGACCUUCAACGAAAAAGGCGGUCUCCUCUCCAGGGGCCGCGAAGUCCUCGCCAUCCCGGGCGCCGAAAACGUCCGCGUAAUCGGCAAAGGCUUCCAGGGCGAAAACCACUACGGCCUGCUCAACAAGACUCUCACCCGCACGCCCUCGCACGACUUCCACGCCCUGCCCCUGUCCGAGGCGGACUUCGCAGCGGGCCACACGCGCUUCCAGCGCUGGCACAUCGACGCCGCGCUCUACGACCGCGAGCCCGCGUGGUUCACGACGCUGCGGUGCAUCACGCGCCCGACGGGGCCCGAGGUCACGGUCCACUGGGACGACGGCAGCGGGCGCAGCAUGGUCGUGGAGCCGGGGCUGACUGCGUUUUUUAGCAAUGUGCAGAUGUACGGGCUGAUGACAGACGAGGAGAGGAAGGUCGCGGAUCACUCGUGGGUGGAGUAUGCGCCGCACCCGUACCAGUGGAUGGGGAACUGCAAGGGCAAUGCGAAUGGGCUGGGGCUGGUGAGCCAGGGGAAGGAGAUGAGGGUCGAGGAGCUGGGAGAGUGGGAAGAGAAGGCUGUGAAGCGGUAUCCUAUGGUGUGGGUGAACCCCGUCACUGGGGAGAAGGCAUUUAUGGUACAUGGGAUCUGCGUGCGGCGCAUGUUCCUGCGGUCGAAUGUGGACGAGGAGCCGACUGUUGUGGAUGAUGUGGUCAAGAUCCGGGAAUGGCUGAAGGUGAUUCAAGAGCGCGUGUUGAAGCCAGAGUAUAUCUUGCUUCCCAAGGCGGAUGAAGGGGACAUUAUCAUGUGGGCCAACUUUCAGAUGUUCCAUACCGCGAUAGACUAUCACUCGAAGCUGGGACCGAGGACGAUGCAUCAGGCCAAUGUCGGAGCAAGCGUCGGACCUGUCGGACCGGUUCCCAUUCCCGCAGCUAGCUAA